GGCCGGAAAUAAAACAGUAAAGGCAAAGACGUUGUACUAGAAUCAACCAAGAUGCCGGUGCCGGAGGAAACUAACUACACCAGACUACCGGGUACUGCCAUGUCGGUGAUGUCGUCGAGAAUUAGUUCCAAACAGGCGAGCCCGAUGUCCCUGUCACCUCUUGCGUCUCAGGGGGAAGUUGAUGGAAAUGCGGUUGUGUCGCUGAAGCCGACGACAGGAUCUGGACAGUUCCCGGUAACAACUGUUUUUGCGAAGGUGUCGAGUGUCCCUGCAAAGACGGUUGCUGCAAAUAAAAGCAUGAGGAAACGAAUGUCCCACCCCGGAAUGUGGUUACCAGAGUUAAAGGGACCGACUGAGAGUGUUCGCACACCUACCAGGAGUUUCACAAGCGGGCGGCAUCAUUGCCCCCAUCAACCACACAACAUCCUUGGGAAGGGAGAUAAACCGUGUCGGAUCACAGAAUACAAUAACAAAUAUCAGCCACAUCCUUUAGAGAAAGUAGAAAGUUUCAAACCUCAGGCCCAAGCGGCCCAAAGCACAGGACCUCUUGAUGAUAAGACGACGCAUAGGGUGGACUAUAUUCCACAUCCGGUUCACAAGCCAGCACUACAUGAAGGGGACCCGUACGUAACGCCCGAUGGACACUUCGACCAUCUAACGUCAUAUACCAAAGAUUAUCCAGUGAAGGAAGGUCAGCGGGCAGUCAUGAAACCCCGCGAUGACUCGCGAAGGGAUGCAGGGCGAUUUGAGGGAGAACCAACUUACAAAUCUGAUUACCGUAAGUGGCAAAUCAAACCUACCUCCAUCUCCUAUCACGGUCCAGCCUGGCAUCCACCACAGGGAAAGUUUGCCGGUAAGACAAGCUAUUAUGAUAAUUACAUUCGUCACAACCAAGGCCCGAGGGAGACGCUGAGGCCAGCGGAGAAUGCUAAGCAUUCAGACGGUCCAUUCGACGACCACACUUGCUACAAGGAUGACUACAUCAGGCAUCCAAUGGAAUUGCGUGAAAGGAGAGCCAAGGAGGCGUACAAUCCCAACAAAGCUCCUCUCGACGGCUUGACGACGUUUAAGAGGGACUUCACCCCAAAAGAUGCCCGGCCAGUGGAGAGUAUGAAACCAGCUGGCAAUGCUUACAUUUCAGAUGCCCCUUUCGAGGGCAAAACAACCCACAAGUCUGAUUAUACUCAGUGGCAAUUGGACAAACCUUACCAUCAUGCCGCAGACCCUUAUACAAAACCCCCGGGUGAUAUCGACUUCCGAACAACCCAUAACGUCGUCUUUACUCCCAAAGAAAUGACGAAACGUGGCUACAUCCGCCCUCAAUCUCGUGGCAGGGCACCUGGCGAAUUUGAUGGCAAUACUAACUACAAACAAGAUUUCGUCAAGUGGCCUAUCGAUCGUCAACGUGCUUUGGUUCAGGAGAGACCGUACGUGUCGAAAGGUAAAUUCGAAGGUCUGCCAACCUACAAGGCUCACUAUAUCAGACACCCUGCUGCCAAUACUUUGAGCUGCAGGCCCGAUGUGAAUGCUAUGCAUUCAGGUGACCCAUUCGAUGACCACACUAUGUACAGGUCUGAGUACGUCCCCAAAAUUAUCGAGCCAUGCCCAGCCAAUCCCGCUCUUCUCAACAAUUCGGGGCGCUUUGCGUUUGUGGAACAAACUGCGGGUCACAAAUGGUAUGCACCAGCAAGUGAGACUAUCACUGAGCUCCGAAGACCCCAGAACAACUCGCAAACACUGCAGCCCUUAGAAGUGGCAUAAGCCAUGUUGUUAGUGUUAGCAAUUUUUUUAUUAAAUAUGCCAUUAAAACGUUUUAUAACAAUAAAGGUCCAAAAGACAUAAGCAUAUUGGGACAGCUAGUUUUACUUGUUGUUAAGUGUUCUCAUAGAAGGUAAUCCAGAUAAUUUUGGCAGGAUUUAUUCCCUUCUCUUUUAUUAGGGAGGAUGAUCACAAGGGUAAUUCACUAGUUGGUUAAAGCACGGUUAUUUCUUAUGAAAUCAGCAGAUGAAGUGCCAUGACAAUUUUUGUUUUUGCGAUAAGAACUUUUGAAAAUAUCCUUUGAAAAACUGUCUUGCUGAAUCAAGUAUGGGUCUACGCUUCUAUCAAGAAUGAUUAAAGACUAGUCUUUAUCAAUUCUUUCUUUAAGCCAUCCAGUCCUUUCCAAUAUUCUGCUGUUUUAGUGUGUGACUCCAUUCUCUAGUAGUUUCCUGUAUGUAACUAUCACUACAUGUUGCGAUUGCUGGUAUUUAUUCAACAAUCCUUUGGAAGGCUGAAGGUUUGUUGACUCCAAGGGAUGCAGUGGUACCUCAGUCAAAGCAUCUGGAUGGGUGAGAACUGGUGACAAACAAACUUGUUUAGUUUUCCGAAUAGAGAAUCGGGUCUUUAGUAUCUACAACUACCUUUCUAACAUUCCAUUAUUGAUUGAACCAAGCUUUGAAUUAACGGUCUGCUGCACUCCUUUGAUACCAGACUUCAAUCAAAAAUCCCUUAAGUUAAAAUCGAAAUGUCAUGAAUGUAAUAUAAAUGAAGAGAAAGGAAAUGAGAGAAUAUUUUGGUCCCUUUGCGGAGUUGGUGUACAUCAUAUACAUGUAAAAUAUGUUGUCACUUGUCACGAUUUACAUGUCACAAAUCACAUGUCACAAGUAUGUUCAUCAAUUGACUCAGGCUUGAAAACAUAAGUGACAUUGCGAAUCUUAAAUCUUAUGUUGCCUGCCAUUGGAAAUGACGUUUUGUUCUUUAAGUGACACAUGACAGUAUGAAAUCCCAAUGUAAACCCCUAUGUAAAUUCCUAUGUAAAUCCCUAUGUAAACCCAGAAUAAGAUGCGUCCUUGUGAUAUGUGAGUUAUGGCGGUUCGAUGGUAAAAUUGCGUACUCCCUUAAGCAGUCAUGUUGUUGCGCAUUCAUGAUGAUAAUCCUGUAGACUGAGUGUUGUGCCUAAAUCUCCUCGUAUCCUUGCUGGCAUCACUGCCAUCGAGCAGGACAAAUUCUCCAACUAGUUGAGAGAAAAAGUAAACAACCUUAAAUUUUGUAAAUUAGCUUCUACUUCUAGUGCUUUAAUAAUUGUGUUAUGUCAAUUACAUUGUAGCUACUAACAAAAAAAGGUUCCAAGAAUGGCUGUGAUAUGGCAUAAAAUAGUCACUAGAAAUUUCACUGAACUUUGACAUCCUGGGUUCUGUUCAUUUUUCCGCCAUCCAUGAACUUCUCGGAGUAAAAUCUCCUUUUGUCAAACUCCAUGAAUGAAACCAGUAACUUGACUACAUGUAGGCCAAUAGCAAAAGUUGGAUGCCCCCAGGUCUAUCAGGUGACUUGAUUGCUUGACAUGUUCAUGGAUAGAAAGAGGUGAAUUGUCUUCAUUACAAGAAAUUGUUGGAAACUCAUAACACCAACGUGCAAUCAUGACUUCCCUUAUAUGCACUCUGUGAUGUACAAUAACACGUGUAUAUUUUCUUGUUGGCUGUGUUGUAAAUAUUGUGUAAAUAAGUAUACGAAUCUAUAAUUUUUAUACCAAUCGAUAAAAAACUGUAAAUGUAGUGUUUCCUCUGUAAGAAGUUGUCCAUUGCUUUGUGCUUCGUUGCCAAAAUAUAUAAAGGUUGUAACUUUAUGUAUUUUCUGCUUUAGUUUAUUUCAAAUUUAUAUUGAUUUAUGAAGGUUUUAUUCGCAUGGAUGAUAAUCCGUCCAGAGUUUUUAUGGCUUUUUUCUGAAGUUGGUGAAUAUUUUUUCAUGAUGAAUCCAUCCAUUCCAAACACGUGCCUGUAAACUGACCUGUAAUACGCGACUGUAAACUCGCCUGUAACACGUGACUGUAAACUCACCUGUAACACGUGUCUGCGUGUAGACAUAUCCAGUGUGAAAUGCACUAAAUUAUUUGGUUGUAAUCUGUUUCUAACUUACUGCUGCUUCAUUUUAUUGUUAAGGACAACAACCCUUGGUAUAUGCUGAAUAUUGUUCAUGUCCAUUUCAAAAUUCCGUCCUGUAAUUUACAUUGAAAAUAUGCUGAUAAAUCUUCUUUGUCCUAAUCAGAAUUCCGUCCAAUUGUUUCAACUUUUAGUUUGAUUUCGUAACAAAUUUGUACGAUUUGUAAAUAUUUUAAUUUGAGUUAAAAAUUGACUGUAUGCUCUCACUCAUACAGCACUUGUUUCAUUAAAUGUAGUUAUCAUAAAUCAGAUCAGAUAUUUUUGGACCGAUUUGUGAAUACUUUUGUUGGUUUACUGUGGCAGGGUCAAACAUAACCACUUUACGAAGUCUAUCAAUGUUUGUAUGACGUAAUACAAAAUAAUGCACUGUAGUGUAGGAUGUCCCAGGUCAUUUUUGCUCAGCUUCCACUCUUUAGUUUUUGCUUUGAAGGUCAUACGAAAUACGGUCUUGAAGGUCAUAUGAAAAUGCUCUGUUUCAAUCCAUCAUUUUCCCUAAAAAUCUCUGCAUCAACACUUCUAGUUGGGGAAUGGAAUUUAUGCACCUAGAACCUGGGACAUCAAACACUUGCAAGAUUUAAAAUGAAACAUUCCUGUAAUAUUUGUACUCAACACUGUUGACAUCCAGAUCAUAAGCCUGAUUAGGAAAUAAAGUAACUGUAAUGCUUAUUUAA